UGGACAGAUUGAAGAACGUGCUGGUGUACGGAAUGUCGAAAUUCAUAAGCCACUUCUACGUUUACCCAGCUUACAAUCGGCUUUGUCAGCUUUACCUCAAUGAUGAAAUUACCGUGGAAGAACUUUAUCGAAAGGUUGAUAUCGUCUUAAUGAAGGUUGAUUUUGUUUUUGAGUAUCCCCGGCCGACCAUGCCAAACCUGAUUUACAUCGGAGGUAUCCAGUGCGGUCCGGGGCGACCGCUCCCUGCUGAUCUGCAGCGAUUCAUGGACAAUUCUGGCGAGGAUGGCGUGGUGAUCUUCUCCUUGGGAAGUAUAGUAGGCACUAUUCCUCCAGAAGCGGUGAGUGAGGUCGCGGCAGGACUGGCCAGACUCCCUCAGAGGGUCAUCUGGCGGUAUAUUGGAGCGCUACCCCCGAAUUCAGGAAACAACACGAAAAUCUUGAGCUGGUUUCCACAAAAUGACCUGCUGAGUCAUCCGAAGACAAGAGCGCUCAUCACUCACGGCGGUGAGAAUGGGCUUUAUGAGGCCAUUUAUCAUGGGGUCCCCGUGGUUGGUAUUCCAAUUUUUUUUGAUCAAUAUGAUAACCUUCUGCGUCUCAAAACCCGAGGAGCAGCGGUCAUGUUAGAAUUGGCUCACAUUAAAAGCGAUGAUAUUUUCCAUGCAGUGAAGACAGUCAUCGAAAACCCUUCCUAUGCAGAGAACAUGAAACGAUUAUCCGCCUUGCACCGAGACGUUCCAGUGCGGCCAAUGGAGCUGGCUGCUUUCUGGAUUGAAUACACAAUAAGGCACCGGGGGGCUCCUCAUUUUAGAGCCGCGGGUAAUGAUCUGCCAUUCUAUCAGUACCACUUACUGGACGUGUUUACUAUUAUUGUGGUUUUCAUAGGGCUUUUCCUUUACCUUGUAUUUAAAUUACUUAACGUUUUACUUGUCAAGUUGUGUUCGGGGAGGAAGAGGAAAAGGGACUAA